GGAGCACUUAGACGAGCCCACUUCCUGCAUUGUUGAAACCAGCAAACUCACUCUUCUGUAAGAGACUUUUAUUCAGGAUGUUCCUGACUAGAUCAGAAUACGACAGAGGUGUAAACACCUUCUCUCCAGAAGGAAGACUUUUUCAAGUUGAAUAUGCCAUUGAAGCUAUCAAGUUGGGCUCAACAGCCAUUGGCAUUCAGACAUCAGAAGGAGUGUGUCUCGCUGUGGAGAAGAGAAUCACCUCUCCUUUGAUGGAGCCUAGCAGUAUUGAGAAGAUUGUAGAGAUUGACUCUCACAUCGGUUGUGCUAUGAGUGGCUUGAUAGCCGAUGCCAAAACACUUAUUGACAAAGCUAGGGUGGAAACACAGAAUCACUGGUUCACCUACAACGAGACAAUGACAGUAGAAAGUGUGACGCAGGCGGUAUCUAACCUGGCUCUGCAGUUUGGAGAGGAGGAUGCAGAUCCUGGUGCUAUGAGCCGACCCUUUGGUGUUGCUUUGCUGUUUGGAGGUGUGGAUGAAAAGGGACCCCAACUGUUCCACAUGGACCCAUCGGGCACAUUUGUGCAGUGUGAUGCGAGGGCCAUUGGGUCGGCGUCGGAGGGCGCCCAGAGCUCUCUGCAGGAAGUUUACCACAAGUCCAUGACGUUAAAAGAAGCCAUCAAAUCUUCCCUCACCAUCCUAAAGCAGGUCAUGGAGGAGAAGCUGAAUGCUACUAACAUCGAGCUUGCUACAGUAGAACCAGGCAAGACCUUCCACAUGUACACGAAAGAGGAACUUGAGGAAGUUAUCAAGGACAUCUAGGAGCGAUUCUGUACAGGCUUGACUGAAGUGCUAGCAGAGAAUUCCCACGCAGUUCUGUGAGAAUCGUCACUGAGUAUCAGCGAAUUUUCUGGCAGCCUCGCUGCUUUUAAAGGUUCGCCUGUGCAGACCGGAAUCCACUCUUUAUACUGUUUUGUUUUUUUUCUCAAACCUUUUCUGUGUCAAUCCGGAAUUGUUUCUACAGUUCUGUACAUGCAAAAGAACAUCAGUAGUUUAAAAAAAUAAAUAAAUAAUGGGGGGGUGGGGUCUUUUUGUUACAAAUCAAUGCGUUAAUAAACUUGUAUUCUGAAA